AUGCCAAUUCAUCAAUGGGAUUCCCAUCGACCGGGAAUGGCAGGCUUUUGGUCUCCUCUUGCCGGGCGCAGCAUCCAAAAGGCCUCGUCGCCAGCUUCGUCGUCUCCUGUACGGAGUACAGAUAGUCUUGAUCGCUUUGAUGACCCCAUCUGUAUCCGUACGGCCCAGUCAUUGCUCCUUCAGAUCCUCGAUGGCCCCGUUCGCCUUUGGGGCUUGGUGAAGAUACCCCUGGUAGGGCACGGCACUUGGCAAGCACAGCCAACCUGUAUUCGUACUAUCGACACCGCAACAAGCAGGGCAAGGUACAUUGUCGCCCUCCAUCCUUAUCCCCCUUCACCGUAUCCGCGGCCGCCGCGCGCGAUCGGCCUUUUACGGCGGAAAUCCAUGUGUCGUCCCUGUCGCUCAUCGCCUGAAGCAGUCUCCGACACCCAGCUCAACGUGCUUGUCCAAGUGCCACGACGACGAUGUCUCCCCGACAACGACGGGCCUCUACGGAGUAGUCUUCACAAGCACGCAUCCCCUCCCCCUGACCACCCCAGAUGCGAACAGAGUCCCAGGGGUCCUCACCCACAGCAAAGCUGCCGCCGUAUGUGUUCUGCCCUUUUGGGACAUGGGCAACGCGGGUCGAACAGAAAGGAGCGGCCUUUGCCCCCCUGA